AAGUUUACAUCAAAUUAUAUACACCCACCAUCUAAUUACAAAGUCAAUGACAAAGACUAAACGAUCAUAACAUAUCAAAAUGAAUUCUAAUUUUAGAAACUAUACUUCUAAAGUUUACAUGAUGCAAAUUCUCAAAAAUCCAUUUUUCUUCCUCUUGAGUUUUUUACUAUUCACUUCAACCAAAUGCAUGGAAAACAACCCAAAAUUUUCUAGUCUUUGCUUAACACAAGUGUGCAACUAUGGCGAACCGGUCGGGAGGUACGUUCAGUUCCCUUUCCUAAUUAGGAAUGAAUCCCUUUCCAAGUCUUGUGGGUAUCCAGGGUUUGAUUUGUUAUGUAAUGAAGAAGAUCAGCUAGUAAUCAACCUCCCAAAUUCUGGGAUUUUCUUCAUUGAAGACAUAGAUUAUGUUAAACAAGAAUUAUGGCUUAAUGAUCCUGACAAUUGUCUUCCUAGAAGGCUUCUUUCACUAAAUGGCUCAAAUUUUGUGGGUAAAUCUCCAUUUUUUACUGUUUUAGAGCAAGAUUACUGGUUUUAUAAUUGCUCUAAUGAAUAUUUCAAUUCAACUGAUCAUGAUAUUAGGCCAAUUGAUUGCUUAAGUGGGCAAAAUUAUGGUGUUUUUGCUACUUCUGUAGAGAAUAUUAUUGUACAGGGUAACUCUUCUUUAUGUAGUAUAAUUGGUCCUAUUAAAGUUCCUGUAAGAAAGAGGUCUACUGAUAUGUAUACGUCUUCGAAACUUAAGGAUGAUAUUUUGGUCACUUGGGAUACACCUCGCGAAUGUGGCGAGUGCUACCGAAGAAGUGGAAGGUGUAGAUUUAAGAGUGAAUCCAGCUUAGAAGUGGGGUGCUAUGAUCUUCCUCGUCAUGGACUCACUAGAGGAGCCAUGUUCGGUAUUGCCCUGGCAUUUGCAACACCAUUAAUAUUGGUUACUAUCUGCGUUACAUACUUCUUUAUCAAGGCAAUUUGCCACAGAAGGAGAGCACAUAAUGCAAGAUUUACAAGCUCUGAACUCACCUUAGCAGUCACUCCACGAUUCCAAAGAGUGAUCCAUGGUUUAGAUCAAUCGAUAAUCGAAUCGUACCCGAAAAUAAUCUUAGGUGAAAGUAGAAGAUUGCCAAAGCCAGAUGAAAAUAGUUGCUCAAUUUGUUUGGGUGAAUACUUGGCUAAGGAGACUCUAAAGACAAUACCAAAUUGUGGUCAUUGUUUUCAUGCUGCGUGCAUUGAUGAAUGGCUUUUAUUAAAUGCAUCUUGUCCUGUUUGUCGAAAUUCACCAUAUAGAACUUCAGAAAAUGAUUCUUGAUGUAUGAGAUUAUAUAUGUUCAUAGAAGUACAUAUCAAUAUGAUAUUGCAAUUAGUUUUGUUUUAGUAUAUUAUGUACAUAUAGUUUAUGAACAGAAAUGAAAGAUUAUAUCACAGAUCAUAUUUUAUGAUUA